GAGUGGAGGGGUCAAGACCGGAAUCCAAAUCAUAGCUUAGGGAAAAGGGUAGGGUGAGAGAAGGAAAAGCCCAAUUAACCCAAACCUGGCCUCCAGUUGGAGAAAAGAAGAGAGAGAAAGAGGAGCGAGCUUUCUGGCGUAGGGGAGAACGUGCCCUAUUUGAGCAGAUCUAGGUCUAUCCAUGCACUCGCCCACCCUCUCCUGCUUCAAAACGACGAAGGUAGGGAGGAGGAGAGAGAGAGGUCAUAACUCAUAAGAAUCCUCGCCAAACCAUGCCGGACAAAACUAUAACGGAGACAAAAGAGGGCUGGAUAUAUUGAUAGGCCGUUGCCGGUGACUCGCAGCUUUCUAUCCUUGGGAAUGGAGUCGGUCAAUAGUAGCUCAGUGAUGCACUGUUCUUCUGAGAGUAAAAGGGAGAAGGAAGGGAAAGAAGAGAACUCUCUUCUCCAAGAGCCAUAGCAAGCAGCAGCUUUGUAGUAUCUCUUCUUUAUUAGGCAAACAAAGCUCAAGGUAACAAACACAACCACAAGCACAAGCAGUAGUACUAUUUAUUUGAGGAGAAGGGGAUAAGGUUUUGGCCUUCUGGCAUUUUUUUUUUUCCCUUUUUCUUUCCCACCCUUUUUCUCCACCCAACUGCCUUUUAAUGGCAGCAGUAGAAGGGGAGUAAGUGUCAGCUACUCUUCCUCGUCUUCUUCCUAUCUUUUAACACACCCUUCACGCUUUCCUCUUUACCUUUUUUUCCUCUCUUUCUUCUUUUUCUUUAGCCAGUGCAGUCUCAGUUAAAAGAAAAAAUUAAAAAGAAAGAAAAGAAACAAAGAGUGGAGGAGAAAGAAAGAGGAAGGAAGACAAGAAGAGGAAGGAUCUUUUUUUGUUCUAAAACUGGCGGUGAUUCCAUGGACUCCUACGAGGCGACGAGGAUCGUGUUCUCGAGGAUCCAGAGCUUGGACCCGGAGAACGCUGCCAAGAUCAUGGGGCUUCUCUUGAUCCAGGACCACGGCGAGAAGGAGAUGAUCCGCCUCGCCUUCGGCCCCGAGGCCCUCGUCCACUCCGUCGUCCUCAAGGCCCGCAAGGACCUCGGCCUCCUCCCCUCCUCCACCCCCUCCGCCGCCUCCCCGUGCCCCUUCCUCCUCGCCCGCCAGAACUCCUCCUCCCGCCUCGGCCUCGCCCCGCCGCCGCCGCUCUCCAUAUCCUCCCCCUCCUCCUGGGCUCCGCCACCCGUCUUCUCCCGGACCAGCAGCAACGGCGCUGGCAGCGCUCUCAACGGCUCCGCGGACGACGCCCUCCAGAACCCCACAGACGAGCUCGUGAGCCCAAGUAACCCGGCCAUCGCCGGCUCGCCGUUCUUCGGCGGGCCAGACCUCAUCGACGAGUUCCAGCUCCAGGACCAGCUCUCCUUCCUUAACGACGCUCAAGCCUCCUCCCCCAUCCCCAUCGGCCCAAAGUCCGCCACCGCCGGCGGCGACAUCUUCUACCCGGACGUCGAGUCCCGGAGCCCGAGCGGCGACGGGAACGGGAUGCUCUUCCCCUAUGGCGUUGGCUGGGGAGCCAACGGCCAUCACCGCCGGAGCUGGUCUGUCACCGACAUCUGCCUCGGCGCCGAACCUGCCGGUGCCGGCUUCGGGUGGAAGCCCUGCCUCUACUUCGCACGGGGCUACUGCAAGAACGGCAGCGCCUGCCGGUUCCUCCACGGGCUGCCCGACGAUACCCCCCCCUCGGCGGCGGCGGCGGUGGCUGGAGGUAAUAAAAUGGACGCUCUGGUCGAGCAGCAGUGCCAGGAGCUGCUGCUGAGGUCCAAGAGCCAGAGACUGGGCGGCGCCUCCCAGCUCACGGCCUCCGCCUUCCCCUACUCCCCCACCGGCUCCGUCCCGCCGUCUCCCUCCUCGUCGAGCAAAUGCCUCAACUUCUUCUUACAGCAGCAGCAGCAGAGUGAGAGCCAAAGGGCAGCAGCUGCGGCGGCGCUGAUGCUUGGGGGGGACGAGAGCCACAAGUUCAUAGGUCGGUCUAGAAUGGAAAGGAGCGACUUUUCCGGCAUGGUGAAUCCAGGAUCGAGGCAGAUCUACUUGACCUUCCCGGCCGACAGCACCUUCCGAGAAGAGGAUGUCUCGAAUUAUUUCAGUAUUUAUGGGCCAGUUCAGGACGUGAGAAUUCCAUACCAGCAGAAGAGGAUGUUUGGGUUCGUAACCUUCGUCUACCCGGAAACAGUGAAGCUGAUCCUGGCCAAAGGGAACCCCCACUUCGUGUGCGACGCCCGGGUCCUCGUCAAGCCCUACAAGGAGAAGGGAAAAGUCCCCGACAAGUACAGGAAGCAGCAGCAGGGCGAGAGGGGGGAUUUCUCUGGCUGUACUACCCCUACUGGCCUCGACUCCAGAGACCCCUAUGACCUGCAGCAGCUCGUGGAUUGGAGAGCAGGAGCAAGGAUGCUGUACAACAGCAACAGCAGCCAGGAGUUGUUACUUAGGAGGAAACUAGAAGUGCAGCAGCAAGAAGCGGAGCUGCAGCAGGCUAUUGAACUCCAAAACAGGCGAUUCAUGGGCCUCCACCUCCUCGAUCUGAAAACCCGAAGUCUCUCCUCCUCCAUGGCCACCUCCACCACCAUUUCCACCCCUCCAACCAUCACCAUUCCUUCUCUGGAUUCCAGGAGCAAUGGUGGAAGCCGGGAAGACUCCCCAUCAGAAGACAGUAAAAGCUCCUGCGCCACGGCUGGCACGGCCCCAGACCUCAAGGGAAACAGUUCUUCCCACGGCCUUUUUCGCCAGACGCCUGUCAACCCUGCCCACAAGGAGGAAUCUCCCGGUGAGGCGCGCCCCAAAGAUGAUAACGAUUUCCAAGGAAGUGUGGAGCAUAACCUGCCGGAUAGUCCCUUUGCUUCGCCCACCAGGUCUUCGUUUACGCUCGAGUCCGCCGCCGCCGCCGGCGAAGCUGAUAACGUGGCGGCCUCCGCCGCUGCGACGGCUUCCUGCAAUGGCACCAACAGCAGCAGCAAUAGCCAUCUCAUCACCUCCACGCUUCUGCCGACUACUUCUACACUGGACAUGACCUCCUUCAAAUCUUGCUUCUUUCAGAUGCCCAAGUUCUCAUCCGGUCAUGGAGCGAUCGGAAUGUAAAGUGAGCCAGCCUCCCCAAAUUAAAGAAGGAAAAGUGAUAGUGGAAAGAUUAUAGGAAAAGAGAAGUUGCAGUCAAGAUAGAUAGUGUUUCAAGGUUUAUAGGUUUUUGUUUUAUAGCUUUUUUCUAAGUUGUAAGCUAUAGAUUGACUGGCCUCUACUGCCUCCCCAAGCCCAUCAGUGCCAUAGCAUAAUGCAGCUACUUGCAAGAAAGGAAACAAGGAUAGGGGUGAUAAGGAGGAAGAUAGGGCAUGGAAAUGAACAACUCAGUCGUCAGAAAUCAAUCAAUCAAUCAGACUACCACCAAUGCAGCAUUACUGAAAGCCUACUAGUUUCUACUACGUACCUACUGCUGCUGCUGCUGCUGCUGGCGCUAGUGCAAGCAAGCUAGCUACGUAGCCAUCAUCUACCAGCCAUCAGAUACUUAACAUUUGAAUACGGAGUACAGACACCAAACAGAUGAGAACAAGACAGGACAGGAAAACAGGAGCCAGACUGAUUUCCGAAAGGAUAGCCAAGCAAAACACAGGAAAGGACCACGCCUAGCGGAGGAGAAGUUUAAGGAUUAGAGAGUAACGGUUUCAUCAUCGCCAUGAAGGUUGUCAUCAUCCUCCUCCUGUGUCGUCUCUUCUCCCCCCCUUUCCAAUUGGCUUUUUUACCAUUUACCAUCAUCUCUUUUUUUUUUCCUUUUUUAAAUCUACUGUAGGUGACAAUGAUAAAAGAGAAAGUUAAAAAAAAUCAAUAAUUUCAACUUCUUUCUUCA